UGUCUCUGCGGCUCGGCCCCUUGCCUCUUGUGUGGCUGCUGCCCUUCUACAAAGAACUCCACUAUAACCCGUCUGUGUUUCACCUUGUUCCUGUUCCUGGGCACCUUGGUCUCGAUUAUCAUGAUCAUUCCUGGAGUAGAGGCCGAACUCCACAAGCUUCCUGGGUUCUGUGAAGGGGGCACGUCGAUUCUGGGCACCGAGGGGAAAGUCAACUGCAAGUCCUUCCUGGGUCAUAAAUCUGUGUACCGCAUGUGCUUUGCAACGGCCGCUUUCUUUUUCCUGUUCGCCUUGAUGAUGGUCUGUGUGCGGAGCAGCAAAGAUCCACGGGCGUCGAUACAGAAUGGGUUCUGGUUCUUCAAGCUUCUGAUACUGAUUGGGAUCACCGUGGGGGCCUUCUACAUCCCCGAUGGAGCAUUCACACCUGUUUGGUUCUACUUCGGCGUGGUGGGCUCUUUCCUCUUCAUCCUCAUCCAGCUCAUCCUGCUGAUAGACUUUGCGCACUCCUGGAGUCAGAUUUGGCUGCACAAUGCGGACGAAGGCAGUGCCAAAUCCUGGUACGCAGCCCUCUUCUUCUUCACCUUCCUCUUCUACGCCGUCUCCAUCGCAGCCGUGGUGCUCCUCUACGUGUAUUACACAAAACCAGACAGCUGUACAGAAAACAAGGUGCUCAUCAGCCUCAACCUCAUCUUCUGCAUUGUGGUUUCUGUGCUGUCCAUCCUGCCCAAGAUCCAGGAUGCGCAGCCCCACUCUGGCCUUCUGCAGGCUUCCAUCAUCACGCUGUACACCAUGUUCGUCACCUGGUCAUCCCUCGCCAAUGUGCCAAACAAAUACUGCAACCCCACCCUUCUGGUACGAGUGGAGAACAACAGCACAGCAGUGGUGUCGGAUGGUGAGCCGCUGACGCAAUGGUGGGAUGCACCAAGCAUUGUGGGAUUGGUGAUAUUUGUCCUAUGCACGUUCUUCAUAAGCGUCCGGUCCUCUGACCAUGCCCAGGUGAAUAAGAUGAUGCUGACGGAAGAGAGCUCGGCAAUGACAGGUGGGAACACCCCAACCUUGGAAGAUGGGGUGCACAAGGCUUAUGACAAUGAGGAGGAUGGAGUAUCUUACAACUACAGCUUCUUCCACAUCUGUCUCCUCUUGGCCUCCCUCUACAUCAUGAUGACCCUCACCAACUGGUACAGACCUGAUGAACAUUACCAAGUGCUCACCAGUCCAUGGACUGCGGUGUGGGUGAAGAUCUCUUCGAGCUGGGCCGGGCUUCUCCUCUAUGUGUGGACACUGGUCGCCCCCGUUGUGCUUCCAGACCGAGACUUCAGCUGA